AUGUUACGCACGCCGUCGCCCAGCAGUCUCUAUGGCUUGGUUGAUAUGGGAAGCAAUGGCAUCCGGUUCUCCGUCACCGACCUCUCGCCCUCGACGGCCCGGUCCCUCCCAACCGUCUACCAAGACCGCGAGGGCAUUUCGCUAUUCGACGCCCAGUACUCGUCUGGCUCUGGCGUCAAGGGUCCCAUUCCUCAGGAGACCAUCGACGAAGUCAUGGCCUCGCUGACCAAGUUCAAGACGGCGUGUAGCGAUUUUCGCGUGCCCGAGACCAACAUCAGAGUGUUGGCCACCGAAGCCACGAGGAAUGCAGAGAACUCGGCGGAUUUCCGGAGGCAGAUCAAAGACGCUACUGGGUGGGAGGUCGACAUGCUGCCCAAGGAGGCUGAAGGGACCAUCGGCGCCAUGGGCGUUGCCAGCAGCUUUGCUACGGUCGAGGGCUUGGUCAUGGAUCUCGGUGGCGGAAGCACUCAGAUCACCUGGAUGAUCGCCAAAGACGGCCACGUCCAGACGUCUCCAAAGGGCAGCAUCUCCUUCCCCUACGGCGCGGCAGCCAUGACUCGGAAACUGAGAGAACUCUCCGUCUCUUCCCCUCCGUCAGGUCACAACAAUAAUGGCGGCCACCACCGCCUAUCUCUAUCCAAAUCCAAAUCCCCGGUAAAGCUCUCGCCCCAACAGGAACUGGAGGAGGACAUGAAAGCCCAGUUCCGCCAGGCCUACGGAGACCUGGACAUUCCCGACUCUUUACACCACAAGGCCAAACACGGCGGUUUGACUCUGUACCUCUCCGGCGGCGGGUUUAGGGGGUGGGGUUACCUGUUGAUGUCGCAGCAUAAAGUAUCCCCCUACCCGAUCCCCAUCAUCAACGGCUUCUGUGUCACCAAGCGCGAGUUCCAGCAAACCGGAGAAAUCACGGCGCUUGCCGCAGAAGAGUCGGUAUUUAGAAUCUCCCAGCGAAGGGCGGAGCAAGUCCCCGCCGUGGCGUUCUUGAUCAACGUCCUCGUCGACGCACUGCCCAUGAUCCAACAAGUCCGGUUCUGCCAGGGCGGGGUGCGCGAGGGGUUUCUUUUCGACACGCUCGACGCAUCCACAAGGGCUCUCGACCCGUUACCCGCGGCGACGGCACAGUACGGGACACCCUCCGCGGCGGACCUUGCAGCUGUGCUCUGGGAGGGACUCCCCGGCGUGAACCACCUGGACCGGUCGUUGCCGCCGACAUUCACACCUUCGCUGGUCCGCGCCGUCGCGGACAUGAUGUACCUGCACCUCCCUCUGCCCAAAGAAACCCGCUCCCUAUCCGCCUUGCACGCACCCAUCACGGGCGUGCUCACAUCCGCGCACGGCAUCUCCCACGCCGACCGCGCCAUCUUGGCCCUCACCCUCUGCGCGCGCUGGAACGUCGACCUCCCGCCUCCGCACGAGACCUUGCAGUCCCGUCUCCGCGCCACACUCACGCACCAAGAAGCCUUCUGGGCAAAUUACCUCGGCGCCCUCGCCAACCUCCUAGGCACCAUCUACCCGUCCGGCACCAUCGUCGACCCGAAACACCCGCGCGUCAAACUCGCCGCGCGCUGGGCCGACGGGUUGGGGAAAAAGGGCCUCGCGCAGGGCGUCGUCCUGCAGCUCAUGUGUCGCCGCGAAGAUCCCAUGACUGUGCCCGUCGCGUUGAAUCCGUUGGUCAAUGAGGUCGAGAAGGUGGGCAAGAAGAAGAAUCGCGUUGGUGGCGAGCAUGGAUUUGGGGUCCCCGUUGAGGUCGAGAUUGAUAGGGUUUUGGUUUGA